AUGGCCGCCAAAACCGUGCUGAUCGUAACGCUCUGUUUGUUGGUUUCGCUGUGCGAAAUGAAGAAGAGGAAGAUGGACUAUCCAACGGAGAAACAGUUGGUGCUGCAAAGGAAGGAGACCACUCCCGUCGACUUCACGAGGCUGGUGGUGAUGCGGUUGGUGUACGGUUUCGCCAAGGUGUUGGGUUUCGAUGAGCCUGUCGGUGAGAUCCUAGGCGGUGCAUUUGUUCCGCCCGGAGCUGAUGAUGACGAUGAUUACGGCGAUGACGACGAUGAAGGAAUAUUUGAUGACUAU